CAAAACUCAGAAUAUUUUCAGGAGUGAAAAGGGAUCCUGGCCUGAACUAACCAACUUGGUCUCCUGUUCUGGGCCCUCCUGUGCCUCUCAUGUGCCUCCUUCUCUUUCUUCCCUCCAGCCAAGCCCACUGUCACCAUCUCCCCCACCAAGAUGGAUCCCGCUUCCCCCUUCACCAUCCUCCUCUGCACCGCCACGGUCUUUUACCCCCUGGAGAUCGAGAUCCAGUGGCUGAAGAAUGGGAAACUGGAGGAGGAGGGCGUGGCCUUCGGGGAGGAGCUCCAGAACGGAGACUGGACCUACCAACUCCAGGUGAUGCUGGAGACCCAGCCCCAGUGGGGGGACGUCUACACUUGCCAGGUGGGGCAUGUCAGCCUGGAGGCCCCCAUCACCGUCCAGUGGGAGCCCCGUUCCUCCAGCUCUGCCAGGAGCAAACUGUGGACAGGGAUCAUGGGGGCCGUGAUUGGAGCGGCCUUCCUAGCUGUGGGGCUCUUCUCCUACCUGAAGAGCAAGAAAGCCACUCCCAUCCAAACUCCUGCAGGUGAGUUUCUCCUCUUCCUCCCUCAUCUCAGCCCCUCCUACAAGUUAUAG